AGUGAAUUGUCAUGAGGAAUUAUAACUGAAAAUCGACGUUAAUAGUUUGUUAUCCUAAAUCGGUGGAGAUGAAACUAUUCACUUUUUUCUUCGCUCAGAUUCUAGGCUUGCCCAAGGUGUUUGCUGGAUGUUACCAUGACAAUUUUACUAGAUUCGACAAAUGCUAUUUCUAUAGCUACAACCUGUUCUCAUAUACUUUGGGUACUGGGGCAAUCAUUGGAAUCAUAAUUGGCGGCCCUCGCUGGAUUGGCAACGUUGAUUGGAUUCAUCGUCUUUUUGUAUUAUAUUCUAUGCAGAAAGUCCACUCAAAACCAGGUUGUAAUUAUCUACAACCCCAACACAACUACGGGAACUAUGAUUCAAAACCAAUCAGUAAUACAACCUAGCAAUCAGCAAGGACUACAUCCAGCUAUUCUUGGUCAGAGGCAGCCAAUUGGGCAAGGCGUAGCAGCCUCGUUUGCUUCAUCUAACGAGUACAGUCCGCCAAAACAGUCUACUAAAAAUCAAGAUCCACCUCCG